GACAACUUUAUUUCCAUAUAUAAACUAGUCAAGCCUCUAAAGAGAGACCACAUUCCGAAAAGUACUUGUUUAUUGGUGUUAUUCAUCGCUGCUCAAGGUGGCAAACCAAGGAGAACAAGAAGAGUCCAGGGCCAAUGAGCCUGAGGGUAUCAAAUCAGUGAUUGAUGACAUCUACAUUUUUGAAGACGACCCUGUGGUUGAUAGGUUCAAUAGGUUUGGCACGGAGAUGUCUGCCAUGGUCUCGGCCUUGACACAGGUGGUUUCUGCUCGCUCUCAGACUGAGGCUGAAGGUGCUCACUCUCAGACUGAGGCUGAAGGUGCUCACUCUUCUUCCUCUUCGGCUGGACAUAAAAGAGGAUGGCUUGGAAUCGAUUCUGCUCCUAUUCCCUCAUCAUUUGCUCGUGUAGACUCUUCACAUAAUCCGAUCGAAGAAUCCAUGAGCAAGGCAUUUCCAGAGGAAGCAAGGGAGAAAAAAAGGAGGUACAGAGGAGUAAGGCAGAGACCAUGGGGCAAAUGGGCAGCUGAGAUACGUGAUCCACAUAGAGCCGCUAGGGUUUGGCUCGGGACGUUUGAUACAGCGGAGGCCGCGGCUAGAGCCUACGACGAGGCUGCACUCCGGUUCCGUGGAAAUAAAGCAAAGCUAAAUUUCCCAGAGGAUGUAAGGAUUCUUCCUCCUCCCCCUCCUCUUCUUCGUUCACCAGCUGACACGGUGGCGAAUAAAGCAGAAGAGGAUCUGAUAAAUUAUUGGAGUUAUACAAAGUUGUUGCAAAGUUCAGGCCAACGGUCAUUUCUCGAGCGAGGACAAGAAGAGAGUAGUAACAUAUUUGAACAUUCACCAAUGGAACAACCUCUGCCUCCUUCAAGUUCUGGUCCAAGUUCCUCUAAUUUUCCUGCACCUUCUCUACCUAAUACAUAGUUUCACUUUUAUUAAAGCUCUACAAAUACAAUUAAAUACAUAGCUAAAUGAAAAUGAUUUUCUUGUCUGUAUACCUUCUUAAGUGCUAAACAAUAUAUUGUACUCUUUGUUUUCCUUAACUAAUCUCUCUCCCUUUUUUUGUUGUAGAAUCUUUUUUAUCAUCCAAAAUUCACUUCCCACACGUUUUAGUUUCGUAUCUCAGUUACGUCUAACGAAUUAUAUUGGUUAAAUGAAACAAUACUCCAAAUAUUACCUCUA